CACACACACACAGUAGAGUUUCACUUAUCCAACACUCUCUUAUCCAACGUUCUGGAUUAUCCAACGCAUUUUUGUAGUCAAUGUUUUCAAUACAUCGUGAUAUUUUGGUGCUAAAUGCGUAAAUACAGUAAUUACUACAUAGUAUUACUGUGUAUUGAACUACUUUUUCUGUCAAAUUUGUUGUAUAACAUGAUGUUUUGGUGCUUAAUUGGUAAAAUCAUAACCUAAUUUGAUGUUUAAUAGGCUUUCCUUAAUCCCUCUUUAUUAUCCAACAUAUUCGCUUAUCCAACAUUCUGCCGGCCCGUUUAGCUUGGAUAAGUGAGACUCUACUGUAUAUAUAUAUAUAUGGUGGGAGAAAGAACCAUUGUCUCUUUGAAGCAAGUGUAAAUAUUGCAAUUAGCGAGCUUAAUUAACAUUGAGUAGCCAUGAAACAGCAAAGUCAAUCAGUGUUGUUGCCUCAUUUCCAACAAACCUCUGAGGAUGCCAUUAGCCACAGAUCCCCACCAAGCAGCAGGCAGCCAGGCUUUGAAUCUGCAAGGCCAUUCAGUGCUAAUCAAGCUGGCCAAUUGCAACAUCUACACCUGCAUCAGACAGACAAAGAGUUCUUUCUCCCACCCUGGACAUUAUUCCACAGAUACAUAAACACCACUUGUCUAGUUUCCAACAGACCUGAUAACCUUAGAGGAUGCCGGCCACAGAUAUGGGCGAAACAUCAGGAGAGAAUGCUUCUGGGACAUAGCCACACAGCUUGGCCAACUUUCAGCAACUCAGUGAUUCUGGCCAUGAAAGACUCCCAAAUCAUAUUCAAAGUUGUAUUUCUUUGUGUUGUUGUGUGUUUCCCGGGCUGUAUGGCCAUGUUCCAGAAGCAUUCUCUCCUGACGUUUUGCCCACAUCUGUGGCAGGCAUCCUCAGAGGUUGUGAGGUAUUAUUUCUUUGUUUAUUUUUUGCCAGUUACUUGAGAAUUCUAGUCGUGUGAGUUUUGCUUAACUGAGAAUCUAAAACAACAACAACAGCAUAUCAAUAACUAAAGGUAAAGUUUCCCCCCAAAAUUAAGUCUAGUCGGGUCCGACUCUGGGGGUUGGUGCUCAUCUCCAUUUCUAAGCCGAAGAGCCAGCGUUGUCCAUAGACACCUCCACGGUCAUGUUGCCACUGGCACAACUGCACAGACCGCCAUUACCUUCCCAGUGGAGCUGUACCUAUGGAUCUACUCACAUUUGCAUGUUUUCGAACUGCUAGGUUGGCAGAAGCUGGGGCUAACAGCAUGUGCUCACUCCGCUCCCUAGAUUCGAACCUGCAACCUUUCAGUCUGUAAGUUCAGCAGCUCAGUGCUCUAACGCACUGCGCCACCGUGGGCUCCAACAUAUCCAUAAACACGUACAUUAUUUUUGUUUGGCUCUUGUAAUCCUAACUAUGUUCAAUCAAUCUAUCUGUGAGAAAGGAGUGCACAAGCCUUGUCUGGGUUUCAAUGUAGCCUUGCUUGUCUAGACUUGAGGAUUUGAUGCCACUGAAAACUUUGUAGCCCUAAAGUUGCAACACUCAGUCCCACUUCCUAAAAAAGAGGAAAUGCUGGAGAAGGAAGGGAUGAGGAGGAGAACAAGGGAUUGUGUGACUGUGAAAGGAGGCUGGUGUGUAUGAGGGUUGAGUGAAAAGUAAUGCCUCCACCUUCACAACUCCUCAGCAGAUGGCAGUCCUGGUAUGUGGCAGGUCCUGACUUGUUCAGUAGACACUCCUCUACAGUUCCAUUUGGAGGGAAACUUUAGCAUUGAACGGUUGUGUUGUUAAAGUGCGAAGUAUGGAACCCUGCGCAGACAGGAAAGCCUUAGCAUUGAACGGUUGUGUUGUUAAAGUGCGAAGUAUGGAACCCUGCGCAGACAGGAAAGCCUUAGCAUUGAACGGUUGUGUUGUUAAAGUGCGAAGUAUGGAACCCUGCACAGACAGGAAAGCCUUAGCAUUGAACGGUUGUGUUGUUAAAGUGCGAAGUAGGGAACCCUGUGCAGACGGUCGGUCAAUGUGACUUAAGCCACGUGCAGUCAUUGAAUUCUUGAUCGCAGAAGGUGUCUGGGGUGAGAUUCAUCACAUCAUAAUGGUGAUUGUGUGGAUGUGAGUCCUGUGCAUCGUUGGGCGAGUAAGUUUGAAGAUGUUGAGGUGGGAACAUCUGAUUUGUGUGACAAACAAAGAGUUGGACGUCCCGUGACAGCAACCACCGAGUUUCACAAGCAAAAGGUUGACAGAUUGAUUCAGGACGAUCGUUGUAGAGAGAGAAACUUCAAGUGUAAUCGACAUUUCACAAGAACGUGUGGGUCACCUUAUUGCUUUGCUUGGCUGUCCGAAGAUCUGUGCACGAUGGGUCGUGUGAGACGUCGGUUGCGGAAACAGAGUGUCGACUUCUUCCGUGACGGCUUCAGAAAACGUGUUCAUCGUUGGCAGAAAUGUAUCCAAUAGACAGGUGAUGAUGUGGGAAAGUGAAUAGUGGUUGUUAAAGAGCACAUUCUCAGGAUUAUUUCUGAGUUUGAUUUAUUAAAAUACUCCCAUCCAAACCCAAGUCACGAAGGUGGAGGCAUUACUUUUCAUUCAAUCCUCGCAGCUUGGCUCUGCUUUGGCAUCUCAAGGGUGGAGGGAAGAGAGCCCUGCUUCCUAGAGAGGAAAGGCAGGGCUGGAGAAGGAAGGGGGGCACAAAGAGGAGGAGGAGGAGGAGGAAGGAGAGAAGAAGGAGAAGAAGAAGAGAAGGUCCAGAGAGAGAGGAAAAGGAGAAAUGGAUGGGAGACAAGCACCUUAAUCAUCUCCGGUGUAUGGGAACGUAUUGAAAGGGUCAUCACUUCACCGUCAACAUGGAGAAGGAACUUCAUUGACCCUGAAGCACGGGCUGAACAUCUAACAACACAUCCAACGAACCGAUGUAAACGGAUGGAAGGUGGGAAGAUGUUCGGCCAUGGUGGCGCAUGCAUGGCAACCCACCAAGGGACCCCGGUGGUGGAAAAGCCGUAUAAAUGCCUGGAGUGUGGGAAGGGCUUUGGCAGCACCAGCGCUCUCGUUGUGCACCAAAGGACCCACACGGGAGAGAAGCCCUACAAAUGCCUGGAGUGUGGUCGGUGCUUCAGCGAAGGCAGCAAGCUUACCAUCCACGGGCGGACCCACACCGGGGAGAAGCCCUACAAGUGCGUGGAGUGCGGGAAGAGCUUCAUCGUGAGCAGCGCUCUGAGUCUGCACGAAAGGACCCACACCGGGGAGAAACCUUAUCAAUGUACGGAGUGUGGGAAAAGGUUCCGCGUGAGUAGUGAUCUUACUUCACACCGGAGAACCCACACGGGCGAGAAGCCCUACAAGUGCUCCGUAUGCGGGAAGAUGUUCAGCGAUAGUGGAGCGUGCACCAAGCACCAGAGAAUCCACACUGGGGAGAAGCCCUACAAGUGCAUGGAGUGUGGGAAGACCUUCAUUUGCAGCAGUUCCCUCGCGUUGCACGAAAGGACCCACACCGGGGAGAAGCCCUACAAGUGCACCGAGUGUGGGAAGAGCUUCAACCGGAGCGGGACUCUCACGUCCCAUCAGAGGAGGCACACGGGGGAGAAGCCCUACACCUGCGCGGACUGCGGGCGGAGCUUCAGUGACAGUGGGACCUGCGUGAGGCAUCGAAGGACCCACACCGGGGAGAAGCCCUACAAAUGCAUGGCGUGUGGGAAGGGAUUCAGCCAGUGCGGCGCAUGCACCAUCCACGAACGGAUCCACACGGGAGAGAAGCCGUAUCAGUGCCCCGAAUGUGGGAAGAGCUUCAACAGCCGGGGCGCAUGUUCCAAGCAUCGGCGGACCCAUGGAGAUCACGGCGCCUGGGAAAAGGAUCCGUCUUUGGUCAAAGAAGACACAUAAUGGAGAAACCACAUACAUGUGUGGAAUGUGGAAGGACCUUCAAUAGUUGGGACACAUGUUCCAAGCAUCAAUGAACCCAUGGAGACCAUGAAAUCUUGCAAGAACAUCUACCUUUAUUCAAAGAAACCAUUAAUGAAUGGAAUGCUGAAGGACCUUCAAUAGUUGGGGCACAUGUUCCAAGCAUCAAUGAACCCAUGGAGACCAUGGAGUCUUGGAAGAACAUCUACCUUUAUUCAAAGAAGCCACAUUAACGAAUGGAAUGUGGAAGGACCUUCGAUAGUUGGGGCACAUGUUCCAAGCACCAACGAACCCAUGGAGACCAUGGAGUCUAGAAGAACAUCUACCUUCAUUCAAAGAAGUCACAUUAAUGGAUGGAAUGCUGAAGAACCUUCAGUACUUGGUGCACAUGUUCCAAGCAUCAAUGAACCCAUGGAGACCAUGGAGUCUAGGAAGAACAUCUACCUUUAUUCAAAGAAGCCAUUAAUGAAUGGAAUGUGGAAGGACCUUCAAUAGUUGUGGCACUUCAACAAACCCAUGGCAAUGUUGAUACCUUGGAGCAACAUCUACCCGCAUUCAAAGAAGCCAUGCAAUAGAGAACUACAUAAAUGGAUGGAGUGUAGAAGGACCUUCAAUAGUCAGGGCACAUGUUCCAAGCAUCAAUGAACCCAUGGAGACCAUGGAGUCUAGGAAGAACAUCUACCUUUAUUCAAAGAAGCCAUUAAUGAAUGGAAUGUGGAAGGACCUUCAAUAGUUGUGGCACUUCAACAAACCCAUGGCAAUGUUGAUACCUUGGAGCAACAUCUACCCGCAUUCAAAGAAGCCAUGCAAUAGAGAACUACAUAAAUGUAUGGAGUGUAGAAGGACCUUCAAUAGUCAGGGCACAUGUUCCAAGCAUCAAUGAACCCAUGGAGACCAUGGAGUCUAGGAAGAACAUCUACCUUUAUUCAAAGAAGCCAUUAAUGAAUGGAAUGUGGAAGGACCUUCAAUAGUUGUGGCACUUCAACAAACCCAUGGCAAUGUUGAUACCUUGGAGCAACAUCUACCCGCAUUCAAAGAAGCCAUGCAAUAGAGAACUACAUAAAUGGAUGGAGUGUAGAAGGACCUUCAAUAGUCAGGGCACAUGUUCCAAGCAUCAAUGAACCCAUGGAGACCAUGGACCAUGUGCUCUUGCAGUUUGCAGUACAAAGGAAUGCUGAAACUAAGACAAGUCAAACACGCAUUCUGGACUUUAAGAGAGCUGACUUCCAAAAAAUGAAGGAAUUACUGAGCGGCAUCCCAUGGACGCCAAUAUUAAAAAACAAGGGAGUUAAGGAUGGAUGGGAGUUUUUCAAAAGUGAAAUACUCAAGGCGCAAAUGCAAACAGUGCCAACAAAGAAGAAAAAUAAGACAAGUGCAAAGAAGCCAGAAUGGAUGUCCAAAGAACUUCUAACUGAGCUAAAGCUCAAAAGUGACAUGCACAAGAAGUGGAAAAGGGGAGAAAUCACCAAAGAAGAAUUCAAACGUAUAGCCAACACCUGUAGGGAAAAGGUUCGCAAGGCUAAAGCGCAAAAUGAGCUCAGGCUUGCCAGGGACAUAAAAAACAACAAAAAAGGCUUUUUUGCUUACGUUGGUAGAAAAAGGAAGAAAAAGGAGGCGAUAGGGCCACUGCAAGGAGUAGAUGGGGUGAUGGUGACAGGGGAUAGGGAAAAGGCAGAACUGCUUAAUGCCUUCUUUGCCUCGGUCUUCUCACAAAAAGAAAGCCAUCUUCAACCUCAGCAACACGGAAUGGACGAAGGAUUGGGGGAAAUCCAACCCCAAAUAGGGAAACAAGUUGUCCAGGAACACCUGGCCUCUCUAAACGAAUUCAAGUCCCCAGGGCCAGAUCAGCUACAUCCAAGAGUAUUGAAGGAACUAGCGGAAGUUAUUUCAGAACCACUGGCAAUUAUCUUCGAGAGUUCUUGGAGAACGGGAGAAGUCCCAGCAGAUUGGAGGAGGGCAAAUGUGGUCCCUAUCUUCAAGAAGGGAAAAAAGAACGACCCAAACAAUUACCGUCCAGUCAGCCUCACGUCGAUACCAGGCAAGAUUCUGGAAAAGAUCAUCAAGGAAGUGGUCUGCGAACACUUAGAAACAAAUGCGGUCAUUGCUAAUAGUCAACACGGAUUUACCAAAAACAAGUCAUGCCAGACUAAUCUGAUCUCUUUUUUCGACAGAGUUACGAGUUGGGUCGAUACAGGGAAUGCUGUGGAUGUAGCGUACCUGGAUUUCAGUAAGGCCUUCGACAAAGUCCCCCACGACCUUCUGGCAAACAAACUAGUAAAAUGUGGGCUAGACAAAACUACGGUUAGGUGGAUCUGUAAUUGGCUAAGUCAGGGGUCCCCAAACUAAGGCCCGGGGGCCGGAUGCGGCCCAUCGAAGCCAUUUAUCUGGCCCCCACGGCACAAGGGCAGAAGGGGGUUGGGCUAAAUGACCCAAGGGGUCUCUUCUUCUCUUACAACCCUUAUUAUUACUAUUAUUAUUAUUAUUAUUAUUAUUAUCAUUGAGGCUGGGUAGACAUCUGUCAGGGGCAAUACUAAUGGCUUUUGGUGCACAAAGGCAGAAGGGGAUAGAACUAAAUGGCCCAAGGGGUCUCUUCCAACCCUCUUUAUUAUUAUUAUUAUUAUUAUUAUUAUUAUUAUUAUUAUUAUUAUUAUUAACAUUGAGGCUGGGUGGCCAUCUGUCAGGGAUGCUUUGCUUGUGCUUUUGGUGCACAAAGGCAGAAAGGGAUUGGACUCAAUGGCGCAAGGGGUCUCUUCCAACCCUCUUUAUUAUUAUUAUUAUUAUUAUUAUUAUUAUUAUUAUUAUUAUUAUUAUUAUCAUCAUUGAGGCUGGGUGGCCAUCUGUCAGGGAUGCUUUGCUUGUGCUUUCGGUGCACAAAGGCAGAAGGAGAUUGGACUCAAUGGCCCAAAGGGUCUCUUCCAACCCUCCUUUUUAUUAUUAUUGUUGUUGUUGUUGCUGUUGUUGUUGUUAUUAUUAUUAUUAUUAUUAUUAUUAUUAUUAAUUAUUAUUGCUUGGUGGCCAACUAUAGUCCGGCCCUCCCACGGUCCGAAAGAUCAUGAACUGGCCCCCUGUUUAAAAAGUUUGGGGACCCCUGGGCUAAGUGAACGAACCCAAAGGGUGCUCACCAAUGCGUCGUCUUCAUCAUGGAAAGAAGUGACAAGUGGAGUGCCGCAGGGCUCCGUCCUGGGCCCGGUUCUGUUCAACAUCUUUAUAACGACUUAGACGAAGGGUUAGAAGGCACGAUCAUCAAGUUUGCAGACGACACAAAACUGGGAGGGAUAGUUAACACUCCAGAAGACAGGAGCAGAAUUCAAAACGAUCUUGACAGACUAGAGAGAUGAUUGGCCGAAACUCACAAAAUGAAGUUCAACAGGGACAAAUGCAAGAUACUUCACUUCGGCAGAAAAAAUGGAAAUCAAAGAUACAGAAUGGGGGACGCCUGGCUUGACAGCAGUGUGUGCGAAAAAGACUUUGGAGUCCUCGUGGACAACAAGUUAAACAUGAGCCAACAAUGUGAUGCAGCAGCUAAAAAAGCCAACGGGAUUCUGGCCUGCAUCAAUAGGGGAAUAGCGUCUAGAUCCAGGGAAGUCCUGCUCCCCUCGAUUCUGCCUUGGUCAGACCACACCUGGAAUCACACUGUGUCCAAUUUUGGGCACCACAGUUGAAGGGAGAUGUUGACAAGCUGGAAAGCGUCCAGAGGAGGGCGACUAUAAUGAUUAAGGGUCUGGAGAACAAGCCCUAUGAGGAGCGGCUUAAAGAGCUGGGCAUGUUUAGCCUGCAGAAGAGAAGGCUGAGAGGAGACAUGAUAGCCAUGUACAAAUAUGUGAGGGGAAGUCCUAGGGAGGAGGGAGCAAGCUUGUUUUCUGCGGCCCUGCAGACUAGGACACGGAACAAUGGCUUCAAACUACAGGAAAGGAGAUUCCACCUGAACAUCAGGAAGAACUUCCUCACUGUGAGAAGGGCUGUUCGGCAGUGGAACUCUCUCCCCGGGGCUGUGGUGGAGGCUCCUUCCUUGGAGGCUUUUAAGCAGAGGCUGGAAGGCCAUCUGUCGGGGGUGCUUUGAAUGCGAUUUCCUGCUUCUUAGCGGGGGGUUGGACUAGAUGGCCCAUGAGGUCUCUUCCAACUCUACUAUUCUAUGAUUCUAUGAUUCUAUGAUUCUAUGGAGUCUUGGAAGAACAUCUAUCUUUAUUCAAUGGAGACCAUGGCGUCUUGAAAGAACAUCUACCUUGAUUCAAAGAAGCCACAUGGAUGUAAGGAAUGUGGGAGGACCUUCAAUAGUCAGGGCACAUGUUCCAAGCAUCAAUGAACCCAUGGAGACCAUGGAGUCUAGGAAGAACAUCUACCAUUAUUCAAAGAAGCCAUUAAUGAAUGGAAUGCGGAAGGACCUUCAAUAGUUGUGGCACUUCAACAAACCCAUGGUGAUUUUGAUGCCUUGGAACAACAUCUACCUUCAUUCAAAGCCAUGGCAUCUUGAAAGAACAUCAACCUUGAUUCAAAGAACCCACAUGGAUGUAUGGAAUCUGGAAGGACCUUCAAUAGUCAGGGCACAUGUUCCAAGCAUCUAUGAACCCAUGGAGACCAUGGAAUCUUGGAAGAACAUCUACCUUCAUUCAAAGAAGCCACGUGGAUGUAUGGAAUGUGGAAGGUCCAUCAAUAGUUGUGGCGCAUGUUCCAAGCAUCAAUGAAACCAUGGAGACCAUGGUGAUUUGAAAGAACAUCUAUCAUAAUUCAAAGAACCCACAUGGAUGUAUAGAAUCUGGAAGGACCUUCAAUAGUUGGGGCGCAUAUUCCAAGCAUCAAUGAACCCAUGGAGACCAUGGAAUCUUGGAAGAACAUCUACCUUGAUUCAAAGAAGCCACAUGGAUGUAUGGAAUGCAGAAGACCUGCAAUAGUUGCAGCGCAUGUUCCAAGCAUCAAUGAACCCAUGGAGACCAUGGAAUCUUGGAAGAACAUCUACCUUGAUUCAAAGAAGCCACAUGGAUGUAUGGAAUGCAGAAGACCUGCAAUAGUUGCAGCGCAUGUUCCAAGCAUCAGUGAAACCAUGGAGACCAUGGCAUCUUGAAAGAACAUCUACCUUCAUUCGAAGAACCCACUUGGAUGGAUGGAAUGUGGAAGGACCAUCAAUAGUCAAGGUGCAUCUUCCAAGCAUCAGUGAAACCAUGGAGACCAUGGUGAUUUGAAAGAACAUCUAUCAUAAUUCAAAGAACCCACAUGGAUGUAUAGAAUCUGGAAGGACCUUCAAUAGUUGGGGCGCACAUUCCAAGCAUCAACAACUCAUAGAGAUCAUAGUGUCUGGGAAGAGCGUCUACCUUCAUUCAAAGAAGCCACAUAAUGGAGAAACCAUAUACAUGUAUGGAAUGUGGGGAGAGCUUAGUUACUGAUAGCAGUUAGACUAGGACAUUCGCUGGUGUAAAACCUAAUAAAUGGAUGGAAUAUGGAAAGACCUUCAAUAAUAUCAUAAUUGUGGAUCAGCCAAUAUACAGUAGAGUCUCGGUUAUCCGACUUCCGUUUAUCCGGCACUCCGUAUUAUCCGAGGCUGGGGCGCCCUCCCUUGCUUGCUUGCUCACCCACCCUCUCUCACUCACUCACCGCUGCCAGGACCCAGUUCAGUGAGUGAGCGAGAGAGUGGGGGGGGGGGGCAGGUGAGUGAGAGAGGGAGGGCGAGCAGCAAACGAGGCAGCAACAGCAGAAGCAGGAGCUUGGAAGAGGCGGCAAGGCUCCUGCUUCUGCUGCCAAUGCACCGUUGUCGCUCGCCCUCCCUCCCUCCCUCCCUCCCUCCCUCACUCACCUGCCCUUCCUCAAUCUCUCAUUCACUCACCGGGCCAGGUCCUGCUUCUGCCACUGCUGCUGGGACCCAGCCCGGUGAGUGAGUGAGAGAGCGAGGGAGGGCGAGUGAGUGAGGGAGGGAGGGAGAGACGGCAGGUGAGUGACUGCGAGAGCAAGGGUGAGUAACAAAGGCACAGCAGUGGCAGAAACAGGAUCCUAGAAGAGGUGGCCAUGCUCCUGCUUCUGCCGUCACCUUUGUGGCUCGCCCCCGCUCUCUCACUCACUCACAGGGUCGGGUCCUGGUUCUGCUGCCACUACUGGGACCCAGCCCAGUGAGAGAGUGAGAGAGCGAGAGUGAGGGUGAGCCACAAAGGUGUGCCUUUGUGGCUCACCCUCGCUCUCUCACUUACUCACCUGCCCUCCCUCGCUUUCUCACUCACUCACUGGGCUGGGUCCUGGUUCUGCCGCCACUCCCAGGACCCAGCCCAGUAAGUGAGUGAAAGAGCAAGGGAGGGCAGGUGAGUGAGUGAGAGAGUGAAGGUUGGAGACAAAGGCAGCAGCGGUGACAGAAGCAGGAGCCUGAAAGAGGCGGCCAGGCUCCUGCUUCUGCUGCUGCCUUUGCCGCCCUCCCUCAAUCGCUCACUCACUUAUCAGGCUGGGUCUUAGUGGCAAAGGCAGCAAUGGCAGAACCACGACCCGGCCAGUGAGUGAGCGGGCGAAGGAGGGAGGACGGAAAGACGGCUGGGGGACGAAGGAACCAGGGCCUGGAAGAGGCAGAAAGGGGAGGCCAGCGAGUGAGCGAUCCCUCUCUAUUAUUCAACAUUUUCACUUAUCCAACAUUCUGCCUGCCAGUUUAUGUCAAGACUCUACUGUACCAGAAUCCAGUGAUAGCAUAACCAAGGAUUAGCUUUUAAGUGUAACGGGAUCUACAGAGAACCUUCCCUGGUGGAAAACCUUAUGAACAAAUGAAAUGUGGAAAGGACUUCAAUAAUAGCGUAAUUGUGGAUAAUGGAAUCCUACAAUAGCAUAAUUGGGGAUUAGCCUGUAUAGUGGAAUCUAUAGAAGACCCUCGCUGGUGUGUAAGACCUUAUAAAGCAGUGGUUCCCAACCUGUGGUCCGUGGACCACCAGUGGUCCCCAAGAACUAAAAUAUGGUCUGCGGCCUCACCGUUACUACGCCAUUGCAACGAGAGUGACUGGUGUCGUGAAACCCUCUUAAAAUGCUGAGACAACGGGGAUGUCGGGAAGGGAGAGGCUGACAACUCAUGAAAAGCACGUGCGAUAACAAGCCUCCUGACUGCUGCUUCUCCAUGGACCCUACUGUACAUACAUAUACUAUUAUAAUAACUUUAUUUUCAUAUCCCGCCUCCAUCUCCCCAAAGGGACUCGGGGCGGCUUACAUGGGGACAAGCCCGAUCCAACAAAGAUUAAAUAUAUACACAUAAACAGGUGGUCUAAAAUCUAAUAGAUGGAUGGAUAGAUAGAUAAAUAGGUAUGGAUAGAUACAGAUCACGGAACUAAUUGCUAUUUCAUAUCUGCCUUAUAUACAUACAUGGCCUGAAGGUAAUUUUAUUAUUAUUAUUAUUAUUAUUUAUUUACAGUAUUUAUAUUCCGCCCUUCUCACCCCGAAGGGGACUCAGGGCGGAUUACAAUGAACACAUAUAUGGCAAACAUUCAAUGCCAAUAGACAAACAACAUUCAGUUUUAGACAGACACAGAGGCAUUUUUUUUAACAUCUUCCAGCUUCACGAUUUCCGGUGUUUUAUGGUGUUGUAGAUUAGUUAAAUUAGCCUCCCGCAUAAAGCGUCCCUAAAUUUCCCUAAUUGACAGAUUCAACUGUCUUUCGGGGCUGCUAGGUCAACAGCAAGCCGGGGCUAUUUUUUAUUUUUUAUUUUUAUGGUCGGAGGCUUAACCUGACCCAGGCUUCGAACUCAUGACCUCUCGGUCAGUAGUGAUUUAUAGCAGCUGGUUACUAGCUAGCUGCGCCACAGCCCGGCCCCUAUGACAAAUAAAACAUUUGUCAUAAUUUUCUGUAUGAAACAAAAAAUUGAUAAGUGUUAAACAUAGAAGUAGUCCUUUAUGUAUGUAUGUAUGUAUGUAUGUAUGUAUGUGUGUGUGUGUAUGUGUGUAUGUGUGUAUAUAUACACACACACACACACAUACAUAUACAAACACACAUACAUGCAUAAAGGACUACCUGUAUAUUUAAGACUUACCUGAUUCAAUGUCCUACUGGUUUCCAUGGCACUUCGUCCAUAGAGCCUGAAAGCAUUCAACUCGUUCCUGCUUCUGGAAAGAUGUGAGUAGCUGGGGAACCCAAUGAGUGGAUACCUUAUGCAUGUGAAGAUGGUCUUGGGUGAUUUUUUCCACAGACCCCACACUCAUCUUGACAUUUUGGGCUAGGUGGAGAAUGGUUACAUAGCGAUUGUCCAAAAUACCUCCACUUGCUGGAUGGUGUGUUCAUGAAUGGCAGAGUGGAUUCGCCCUGGAAUUGGAACUAUUUGCACCAAAGUCCGACCACAUGUGAAUUGACGAUGCCAGUUCUUGAUUACGUCAUAUGAUGGGGAAUCAUCACCAUGAACUUGCGCCAAAUUGCUAUAUGUGUGUGUGUAAAGAAAUCCUUGCAAGGUUGUUUGCAGGAGAUCUCUACAAAAGAGCUCAGCUUUGCAGAGGCAAAGCCACGCCUCAAAACAAUGUAUCGGUUUGAUGGCAGAUGGCUGGAUUUGACAGUUGGAAUUUGAGCUUGGAAGGAGAGCACAGAAAUAGACAGGCUUUCUGGCUACGGUCAAGUAGCUGAUUCAAAUAUGCUAUGCUGUAUAUAUAUUGAAUGCUGAUUGAUUAGUUAUUGAUCCUAUGCAACUACAUGGACAUUGUAUGAUUGUUGAACUGUUUAUUUGACUUCAACUCAACAAGUAAAGUUUCCUUUUGUUCGUUCAA